AAGAUGGCAGCCGCGCCUUCCCGCGGCGCGGCGCAGUGACAGAACAUCCGCCUCCUCCCGCCUCCCUCCGCCCUGGCAGCGCCGGGCUCCCUGAGGGCCGUGAGGGGCUCUCAGCGGCGGCCGGGCCCGGCUCAGCCUCCCCGCGGCCGUCACGGCGCUCGGGGCAGUGUCCGCUCCCUGCCGGGCGGCUCCCGAUCCCAGAGUGAUUUCAACAGCGGAUAAAUAAUAAAAAAGGACAAAAAACCAUUAAAAAACCCCAAAAUGAUGUCAAGACAAGCUUUCCUGUGCAGCUUGGGCUCCCUGUACCUCUCCCUGCUCUUCAUCUUCCUCCUGAUGGACGUGUACGCCAGGCCUGCCAACCACUCGGUGCUGAAGGAGAGGGCAGGGGAGGGCAGGGAGGAGAACGAGAUCCUGCCCCCCGACCACCUGAACGGGGUCAAGCUGGAGCUGGACGGGCACCUGAACAAGGAGUUCCACCAGGAGGUGUUCCUGGGCAAGGAGCGCGACGGCUUCGAGGAGGACUCGCAGCCGCGCCGCAACAGGAGGAAGCUCGUGGCCAUCUUCUCCAAGGUGGACAUAAAUAAUGAUAAAAAAAUCAGUGCCAAGGAGAUGCAGCGCUGGAUCAUGGAGAAAACAGAUGAGCACUUCCAGGAGGCCGUGGAGGAGAACAAAAUGCAUUUCAAGGCUGUGGAUCCUGAUGGGGAUGGUCACGUUUCUUGGGAUGAAUACAAAAUUAAAUUCUUGGCAAGCAAAGGCUUCAACGAGAAGGAAAUUGCAGAGAAAAUCAAAAACAACGAGGAGCUGAAAAUAGAUGAAGAAACGCAGGAAGUGCUGGACAACCUGAAGGAUCGCUGGUACCAGGCGGACAAUCCCCCCCCGGACCUGCUGCUGAGUGAGCAGGAGUUCCUGUCCUUCCUGCACCCCGAGCACAGCCGCGGCAUGCUGCACUUCAUGGUGCAGGAGAUCGUCCGCGACCUGGACCAGGACGGGGAUAAGAAGCUGACCCUGUCCGAGUUCAUCUCCCUGCCCGUGGGCACGGUGGAGAACCAGCAGGCCCAGGACAUCGACGACGACUGGGUGAGGGACAGGAGGAAGGAGUUCCAGGAGGUCAUCGACGCCAACCACGACGGCAUCGUCACCAUGGAGGAGCUGGAGGAAUACAUGGAUCCCAUGAACGAGCACAACGCGCUGAACGAGGCGCGGCAGAUGAUCGCCGUGGCCGACGAGAACCAGAACCACCAGCUGGAGCUGGAGGAGAUCCUCAAGUACAGCGAGUACUUCACCGGCAGCAAACUCAUGGACUACGCCCGCAACGUCCACGAGGAGUUCUGAGCUUCCUCCCCCUCUUCCAGAACUUUCUGUUCUCCUCCCAACCCCCCAAAAAAAUCCCAGGGAAGAAGGGUCCAGCGAGCGGCGGGGAUCGUCGGGAUUCGCGAUUUUCCGUCCGUCCCUGCGGCUGCAGCUCCUCGGAGGGGUUUUUCCUGCUGGAAAAAAUUCCUGGAUUCAGGUAGUUUUCCUCUUUGGUUUGUGGGUUUGGAGCCAGCUGGAAUUCUGGGUGGGGAGGAUCCUGGAAUAUUCCCUGGUUUUCUUCAGCUGCUGGUCCAGGGGAUCCCAAAUAAAAGUUGAAUUUUGGGAAGGGAACGGUGAUUCCAAGGAAUUGGGUCCUCCACACCCAAUUCCAUUUGGAACGCUCCUUAAAUAUUUCUUUCCCUCAGCUGCUGAUCCAGGGGAUCCCAAAUAAAGGUUGGAUUUUGGGAAGGGAACGGUGAUUCCAAGGAAUUGGGUCCUCCACACCCAAUUCCAUUUGGGACAUUCCUGAAAUUUAUUCCCUUGUUGAUCUCACAGCUGCUGAUGCAGGGGAUCCCAAAUAAAGGUUGGAUUUUGGGAAGGGAACAGUAAUUCCAAGGAAUUGGGUCCUCCACACCCAAUUCCAUUUGGGACACUCCUUAAAUAUUUGUUUCCCUCAGCUGCUGAUCCAGGGAAUCCCAAAUAAAGGUUGGAUUUUGGGAAGGGAACGGUGAUUCCAAGGAAUGUUUGUCCUCCACACCCAAUUCCAUUUGGGACAUUCCUUAAAUUUAUUCCCUUGUUGCCCUCACAGCUGCUGAUGCAGGGGAUCCCAAAUAAAAGUCGAAUUUUGGGAAUUUUGGUGGUUCCAAGGAAUGUUUGAUCUCCUGGGAAUUGCCCUCACAGCUGCUGAUCCAGGGGAUCCCAAUUAAAGGUUGGAUUUUGGGAGGGGAAUGGUGAUUCCAAGGAAUGUUUGUCCUCCACACCCAAUUCCAUUUGGGACACUCCUUAAAUAUUUGUUUCCCUCAGCUGCUGAUCCAGGGAAUCCCAAAUAAAGGUUGGAUUUUGGGAAUUUUGGUGGUUCCAAGGAAUGUUUGUCCUCCUGGGAAUAUCCACACUCAAUUCCAGUGUUUUUCUCAACUUCCUGAAGAGUUGUUGGGAAUUUAAUGGAAUUUUUUCAGGGAGCUGUGGGGAAGAAUUUAUUUGAAAUGUUACAGAAAAACUUUUUGGAAUUAAAUUUUAAAAAAUCAAGUAACAUUAAUUAAGAUUAAAUUAAUAUAAAAUGACAUUGUUUUGUUGAUAUCUGCACUGGGAAUUGGAGAUUAUGGUUUUAAAAAAAUCAGAUUUCAGUCAAAAAUCAAAAAAUUGGGAAGUUUUUUUGGGAAUUUAAGCUGUUGGACAGAGCAGUGGGAAUUCCCAUGGAGUUUGAUGGCUGCUUAAUUAAUAUUCACUGCAAAAAUUAAUGAGCUCUUUGUUAAUUAAUGCUGUUAAUGAGCUGCUGAUGAUGAUUUGGGGGAAAUUCCAGGCUUUGGAUGAGCUCUUUCCCAAACAAAAUUGAUUUUUCCCUCUGCUUCCAUCUUUCCUGGGAAAAACCCCUCUUUGGGAAAGAAUUCCUGAAAAUCUGAGAUGUUUUAUUUGAUUAAAUUUAUUCUUAAUAUAAUGUAAAUACAGGAACUGCUGUCCCUCUUUCCCUUUUCCUGCUCUUUAUUUGAUGUUUUUAUUAAAUUCCUUGGAUAAAAGGUUUUAUAUCCAUUUUUUUGUUUGUUUUCCAUUAAAUAUUUCUCUCCAUGCUUUGGAAA